AUGAAAGAACAUAAUGCUCCAUUCCAAAAGGAUGCUGAUAUGGCUGGCUGGUUUUUGACAACGAACGGAGCAGUCAAGUCGUGGCUGCAGUCUGGAGGUUUAUCUGUAACAGACGACGCUUUGAACUCUAGGGUUUUAGGUGUUAAGGCAAACUUGGCAACAUACAAUAAUAUGUUGUAUGGAAAAGCUAAGAGGGCAUGGAAAGCUAAGGCUAUAUAUGAGGAGAUGAUAAACAAUGGAAUUUCACCAAAUCAGUCAAUCUACGGAGCUGUCUUGCAAGCGUAUUGUACAGGAAGGUAUAAAGAUGAUGCUUUGAGAGUGUAUAAGGAAAUGAAAGAAAAGGGAAAGGAUAUCGAUAGAGUUCUGUAUAAUAUGCUUCUUAAAAUGUGUGCUGAUGUUGGUUAUGUAGAUGAAGCUGUUGAAAUAUUUGAAGAUAUGAAACAUUCUGAAACUUGCCAUCCAAACAGUUUUACAUACUCAUCAAUGGUUAACAUGUACUCCUGCACCGGAAACUUUUCUGAGGCAGAAGACAUGUUGAAUGAAAUGAUUGGUGGUGGAUUUGAGCCUAAUAUUUCCAUUCUGACAUCUCUCAUUGGUUGCUAUGGAAAUGCCAAACGAACUGAUGAUGUUGUGAGGAUAUUUGAUAAACUUUUGAAUUUAGGUAUUAGUUCUGAUGAUCGCCUGUGUGGUCGUCUUCUGCAUGCAAUGACACGAAUACCAAAACAAGAACUUGGUAAAAUAACAGAUUGCAUUGAGAAGGCUAAUCCAAAGCUUGGUUUUGUGGUUAGAAAUUUGAUGGAAGAGAGGGAGGGUGCAGAUUUUAGGAAGGAGGCAUUAGAACUUUUUAAUUCAAUUGAUGACUAUGUUAUAAAGAAGUCUUUGUGCAACAAACUCAUUGAUCUUUGUGUCAGUAUGGAAGUUCAGGAUAGAGCUCACGACCUUUUUGACUUGGGACUUAGUCCUGAGAUAUAUACAGAUAUACAAAACAGAUCUCAAACUAAGUGGUCUUUGAAUUUAAAGAGUCUCUCAACUGGAGCUGCUCUAACAGCCUUACUUGUUUGGAUAAAUGAUUUGUCUAAGGCUUUGGAAUCAGGGAAGGAGCUUUCCACCAGUACUUGGAAUUUAUACCGGGACUCAAAAAAACAAGUCGGCACCUAG